AUGGUCACUAGAGAAGCGGUAUCAUCUUCAGCAUCUUCAUCUGUUCUCCAAGGCUUAAAAGGAUCGUUCACGAAACUCGGGAUAGGGAAGGCAAAGGAUGGCGAGAGGAGUAACCAGUCCGACACUUCCAAAGGUUCUGGCUUGUCUCGCAAAGAUGGGCCUCAUAACCCGCCCUCCAAGUCUAUCCACUUCAACAAAGGUACCAAGGAAGCAGGACACAAUGCGCGAAACCGACUUUCGGCCUCGAUCUCGCUACCCCGUCUUCGACUGCGCAGCCGCCGCUCACAUCCCUGGGGCCUUGCCGACGACCUCGACGACGAUUCCGACGGGUUUGCCGACGAGCCGAUGCUCAAGGCGAGCCGUUCCAUGGAAUCCAACUACCUUGCCAGGUCCCAAUCACGCGCGUCGUACUCGUAUUCCGAUGGUUCCUCGCCCGGCGAGAACCUCGACGAUGUAGCUGGAUCCCCACAAGGCACCCCAUCCGACUCUUCAGACGUAGCAGGAGCUCCAAGCAUACCUCACGAGCCCUUCCCCGCUAAGGGCAAUCGCCAACCAUCGUUCCCAAGCCCUCACAUUCCCUCCGAACCCUCCGCAACCCAUCCCACUGCAGAACCCAGCGGCCAUUACGCGCGAAGUCCCGAACCAUUCGAAUUGCACUACCCUUCUAGGGACUCCGGCGCACCCGACGCAUUUCAAAGUACUUCGCAGAUAUCGCCAGUGCCCUUGCGACAUCGACCGGAAAUCGAGGCCAGGCCAAGGGGAAGGGUGGUACCGAAACCGCGCCCGCCGCCACGACCACCUGGCGGCUACCCUACCUACGUGAAGCCUCACCCUCGGUUGGUCGUGGAAGGCCUGGAGGUCCUUUCGACAUCAGCAUCCUCUCUCAAGGUGCAGACACGCUUGGACAUCCGCGAUCUGGGCAUCUUGCAUGAACUUGACCAGCAUAAUAUGAGACUUCGCCAGUCAUUCCGCAUCGAAGAAAGACGGGGCCUGAAGCGUCCCCCGUUACAACGAGCAGACUCUGACGAGAACCGAGUUUUUGGCGUUGCUCUGGAUCAAUCCUCUUUCCAUGCAUGGGAGCCCCUACGUGUAGGAGGCUGCGAGUUCGAACUUCCCAUUGUCGUUGUGGCAUGCAUCGAGGCAUUGUCUACCGAUGCGCUCUACGAUCCCAACCUCUUCAAAUCCCUUCCAGACCCCAUCCGCCUUCGUGAACUGGUGGACAUCUUCAACGAUCCUCACUCCUCGGACGACGCUCGCCCCGCGCAUUUCGGAGCCAACACCUCCCUGGCAUGCGAUUCUGUUGCCGAUAUUUGCGCCUUACUCUCGACUUACAUGAUGUCCCUCCCCGAGCCCCUUAUUCCUCUCCCCAUUGCCGACGUUCUGUGGAAAUGGUGUGUCGAUCACGAGAGCGGCAAGUCUCACCACAACCUCCACCAUCAAUCCUUUUCGCAUCACCUCUACCCCUCGCAUCAUGCCAAAGGUUCAAGCUCCAAUCCCCAGGUAGACCGUGCACGACAAGUCCGAAUCGCCCAGCUCGUCCUCCACCUGCUUCCGACUCCCAACUAUUUCCUGUUCGUGUAUUUACUGUCGUUCCUGAACCAGUUGGUGAAUGUUCAGAAAGCCAUUCGCGGGAAGGCCAAGGCGGGAGGCUCCAUGUCUGUCGAGGCUAUAGCUGAGAUGUCCUACGAGUGGAUAUUCGGAAGCGCGGGUAGAAACCAGGACGGCGGGCGCUGGAAGAAGGCACGAGAGCUCGAUGCUCGGAACAGGGAGCUCUUCCUCUGGAUCCUCGUCCACGGCAACAGCAUCUCAGCGGGCCUCCUAGAGGUCAGCGAUUACCUCCAAAAGUCCUUUGGAGACGGGAUUCCUGGAGGUCACGGUAGUUUUGGUGCGGGAAAGAGGAGAGAGUUGGACAAGUCUUAUUUCCCUCCUCAGCCUUCGCCCCCGCGUUUCCGCUCCCCUCUUCGACGCCCCAGUCCUCACAGUGGCGACAUUGUCGACCAGAGGAGGGAUAUCCGGGGUCUGCAUUCACGUCCGAGCAUUGCGUCUAUCGCGUCGUCGGUGUAUUCGACCGCCAGUGGGGAUACGGUUCAGGUCCGCGACGCAACUCCCGUCAGUGGACAUCGUCGACCCAUGCCCGAUUCCACAUCACCACAUCGAGGUCGGGCCAUUGAGGCUGACCAUCGACCCAUCAGGGAUGCGAGCGUCGACACUACUGGCCCACAGACUUCCGUCCCUCUCUCGACCGUAGACACGGCCCCUUCGAUCGCUCUUCCAUCUCAGGACAGCGGGGUGGCCGCACACGCCGAUGCUGUGGUGUCAAUCAUGCGCAACCUGGUCGAUGGUGUGAAGGACCUGCAAGUAGAGAUCACCAAAGCGGAGGAGAAGGUGGAGGUAAACAGGGACGGUGGCGAUCAAACAGCGCCAGGAGGUCAACGACCAGAGACACGAGAAACUGUGAAGCUGGGCCUGUCCCAGCUCGCUCGUAGUCUCCAGGAUAUUGGACCUGUGGUGGAGGAUGACCAGUCGGCUGUUCGGUCGGGGUCGAUGUCUGGUACUGCAUCGACUACCGCUGUGGCGAACACCCCCGAAACCGCGUCGACCGUCACUCUUGCCAACUCGUCUUCGCGUCCUCCUUCUCGGCCCCUUCCUGUCCCGCCUAUAUCCCAGACUUCGGUCGCAACCAUGAUGAGCACAUCGUCCUCGAUGGACCUGAACGAGCGCCUGAUGGCUAUGUCCAUGUCCUCAUCCUCUUUCGCAGCAUCCGACCCACUGUCUGCCUUGUUCAAAACCGAAUCUGCAGCCAUAGUCGAUGCAGCCAAAGCUUCCCCUCAACUUGCUCACGCCCCCGCACCGCCUAUGCAGCACCCGCGUUCUAGGGAGACAAAGGUCGUUUCAGUCUCAGAAGAGCUGUACGACGCCCUCGUCCAAGGCUCUGUUUCUUCCUCCUCGCCGAGCUCCAGCCGAACGAAGAAAAAUAUGCCGAAUCCGACUCGUGUACCCAGUGGCCCGCGCACGCCCAAGGCAGUUCAGGAAUCGAAGGCCUCGUCUCCCAACAUUCCUGUGAUCACGGUUACGCCGCUUGUCCCGAAGGCUUCUCCACCGGCGAGAACACUCCGUGUCUCUAGGUCAAGGCCUAGGUCGAUCGCUAGGGACAGCUCGUCGAGUCUUGAGAUGGUCCAGGAGGAAGAGGAAGAGGGGGAUGAAGAUUCAGAAGACCGAAGUCGUCUCGAGAAGGAGCUGCAGAAGCUCAAGGCGCAGAACAUUCUAGCGUUCGAUGCGCUUGAAGAGUCAAAUCGACAGAUUGCACGUUUGGAAUCGAAGCUGAAUAGUGCGGCCUUGAAGGAGGGCGGAGGGUCUGGAAGGGAGAGAGGUAUCCGAGUAAAGCGAAAGUGA